CGCCUUCAUUGCAUCAGCCUCUGGGUCUGUGCUGGCGCCUGGAACGUUGGAGAAGACUGUGUUUGCUGCGGUGUUUCCUGCGCCGGUGUGGCGCCGUGCGCCCGGAAACUAAGAAAAGAAGGGUCAGAGUAAGUGUUCCCCUCUGCCGCUUGAGUCGGAGCUAGAGUAUUUCCUUCCCGUCACGCCAGUGCCUGUAGGAACCAGACCCCGCCCCCUUCCCGGCCUAGACUCCCUUUCCCCCUCUGCCCUUUUCCCACCGGGUACCCCCUCGUUUCCUCUUGUGCUGCCUGUGCAUCCCCGCCAAAGUCAUGAAGCUCGUGAGAAAGGACAUUGAGAAAGACAAUGCGGGCCAGGUGACCCUGGUCCCCGAAGAACCUGAGGACAUGUGGCACACCUACAAUCUAGUGCAGGUGGGCGACAGCUUGCGCGCCUCCACCAUCCGCAAGGUACAGACUGAGUCCUCCACGGGCAGCGUAGGAAGCAACCGGGUCCGCACUACUCUCACUCUCUGCGUGGAGGCCAUCGAUUUUGACUCUCAAGCCUGCCAGCUGCGGGUUAAGGGGACCAACAUCCAAGAGAAUGAGUAUGUCAAGAUGGGAGCUUACCACACCAUCGAGCUGGAGCCUAACCGCCAGUUCACGCUGGCCAAGAAACAGUGGGACAGUGUGGUUCUGGAGCGCAUCGAGCAGGCCUGUGACCCAGCCUGGAGCGCAGAUGUGGCGGCUGUGGUCAUGCAGGAAGGCCUCGCCCAUAUCUGCUUAGUCACUCCCAGUAUGACCCUGACUCGGGCCAAGGUGGAGGUGAACAUCCCUAGGAAACGGAAAGGCAACUGUUCCCAGCAUGACCGGGCCUUGGAGCGGUUCUACGAACAGGUGGUCCAGGCUAUCCAGCGCCACAUAAACUUUGACGUUGUGAAGUGCAUCCUGGUGGCCAGCCCCGGAUUCGUGAGGGAGCAGUUCUGUGACUACAUGUUUCAACAAGCAGUGAAGACCGACAACAAAGUGCUCCUGGAAAACCGGUCCAAAUUCCUUCAGGUACAUGCCUCCUCUGGACACAAGUACUCCCUGAAAGAGGCCCUUUGUGACCCUUCUGUAGCUAGCCGCCUUUCAGACACUAAAGCCGCUGGGGAAGUAAAAGCCUUGGAUGACUUCUAUAAAAUGUUACAACAUGAACCUGACCGAGCUUUUUAUGGACUCAAGCAGGUGGAGAAGGCCAAUGAGGCUAUGGCAAUUGACACAUUGCUCAUCAGCGAUGAGCUUUUCAGGCACCAGGAUGUAGCCACACGGAGCCGAUAUGUGAAGCUGGUGGACAGUGUGAAAGAGAACGCAGGCACUGUUAGGAUAUUCUCUAGUCUUCAUGUAUCUGGGGAACAGCUCAGUCAGUUGACUGGAGUAGCUGCCAUUCUCCGCUUCCCUGUCCCUGAACUCUCUGACCAAGAGGAUGAUUCCAGUUCUGAGGAAGAUUAAUGAUUGAAACUUCUAAUUGAGACAACCUGUGUCUCCAGUGUUAUGUUUCCUUAGCAUCCUGACAGAAAGCUGCAAGGCACUUUGUGAUUCUUACAGGAAUUUCUCAUGUAUUUAGUCACACUAGGUAUUGUGUGAUUGGCAGGACAUGAAUUCAAACUAAACAAUAAAUUAAAAGGAAAUAACCUCCACGUACUACCAUCUUUAUUAAAUAGGAUAAUUUAUACAGAAACUUUGAGUUAUUUGCAGUCCUCAAAAACAUUUUGUGUAUUUAAUAAGAAUACCUAUAUAUUCUUUGGGAUAGAUCAUAAAAUCCCAAAUGUUUUUCCUUUCUUCCUUAGGAAAAGCUGUUUGGCAUUUCUUUAUCAGCAGUUUAUACUGCUUGUUUUAAUUCUGCAUAGUGUUAUUGCACUGUGUUUAAUGAUCCUUUUCAACACUUUAAAAUUUUAAAUUUGCUAUUUUAAAUGAUGGCCAAAUAAUUGUAGACUGUUCUAAAAAACAAAUUUAAAAUUAUAUUUUUCUUAAGAAACUUGUUAAGCCAGUCAUGUUCAAGAAAACUCUUGGUGAGGUUUUGAUUGUUUGUUUUUUACAAUUAAUAUUAGCCUUGGAGGACCACUUAGUUAUUUUUGGAUCAUAGAGCUUUGACCUGCUAGGGAUUGUCAAGAUAAGCUACUUGAAGUAUUUUUAUUUUUAAAAUGAAAUUAAAGUAUGUGAUUAGCUUGUUAUGGCCUAAUUAGCACCAAAGCUGAAAGUAGUCCCUAGACUAGACCCCAUUUUUUUGCACUACCACACUAUAUGUUUAUUUUGCUUAUCAUAAAUAUACAUAGUGCUAUCUUAUAUUACUAUGUGGCAUUAGUCUGUGCUUACACAUUCUUACUGGACUUUAUCUAGCCCUUAAGUUGGAGUGAAAAGAUCCGUUCAGAAAGUUUGAUUAAGUCACAUUGUUAGUAGUAUGUAGUAGUUGACUUACAGUCCACUACUUUUUACUGUAAUGUGGGAAUUUCUGCAAAAAACCUGACUUUAAAAUAUUAUUUUCAUUAAAUAUUUUUGAUAUGCAGUUUUAAGAAUUUGGGAGGGAACCUUGGAGUGAAAUUGCAUCCUGACCUUUUACAGACCUUAGCUUAGCAAAACAAUUAGGAAAGUCACUAUUAAAAAAAAAGUGAUAAUUCAGUUUGCAAUUCCUGGGCAUCUACUUCAAGUACAGAUACUAAGUAAAUUUUUGCAUGUCCUUUUUGUGUCUGGGCCUUUCUCCUGGGAUAAAUCCCAGGUUGGGGGUUAUUUUUCAUAAAUUUCUGACUAAGUGAGCUUUUAUUGUUGUUAUUUGUAAUUAGGAAUAAACACCUCCAUAUACUUUAAAAUUACAUUGUUACAUAUCUACCUCCUAAUCAAAAAAUCAUUUGGAUUGUCAUUAUAUCCAUGGAUACUUAACUUUAAAAUACAUGAAAAACAUGUUAUUAAAUCAUUUGGUAAUAUAGGAAUGAAACUGCUAAGACUCAAUGUUAGAACCUGAUUGAUAAUGACUCAUAUUCUCAGUAAGAAUUUGGAGAUUUUGGGGCUAUAUUACUCUUAUAAUUUGUGCAGUACAGGUUAUUUCUAGCUCUGUUAUCUACAGUAAUAGAAAUCAGAAGAAAUAAAACCUACCCAUAAAUCUGACCAAUAAAUUUUAGGUCAUAAGUUCUCAAAUUUAGCUGCUUGUUAUCCUGAUCUUGAGAGCUUUUGAAACUCAAUACCCAGACUGGAUCCCAAACUAAAUAACCCUUCACCCCUGGAAAUGCUGUUUUGUUUUGUUUUGUUUGUUUUGUUUUAAUCUCCCAGGUGAUUCCUUUGGGUAUCAAGGCUGAGAACCACUGACUCAUGUCUUGCUAUUGGUCUGUGGACCACCAGCAGACUAGACCCAGGACCCUGAGAGCUUGUAGGAAACUAGAAUCCAGGACCUAGUCUGGACCUUCUGAGUUUCAAUCUGUAUUUUAACAUCUCUAGUUGAUUACUGUGUAUAAUACAAUCUGAUAAGCAUAGGCAAUAGUUUAUUCUCCCUCUGCUAAUAAACCUCUGUGGCUGGGGUUGCCAGCUAUAGAUAAAAACA